GCCUCUAUCAAAUUUCGUCACUGGACUCCAGCUAGACGCUGCUCUACAGGCCGUCGCAUGGUAAAUGUAAGGCUGCCGCACGCUCCAGUCCCUUCUCAGUCAAGGGACAAUUUUGGAGAGCAAACAUGCCGAGAUACACGGUGCACGUCCGAGGAGAAUGGCUGGCAGUGCCCUGCCUAAACCGCACGAACACGAUCAGGUGGCUGGGAAAGGAAGCUGUGAGAAGGUACAUGAAGAACAAACCCGACAACGGGGGAUUUGCCUCGGUGGAAGAAGUCAAAUUUUACAUUCGAAGGUGCAAGGGACUUGGCUUGCUGGAUCUUGAUGAUACAGUGGAGGAUGCUCUAGAGGACAAUGAAUUUGUUGAAGUUGUUAUAGAAGGAGAUAUAAUGUCUCCAGAUUUCAUACCGUCUCAGCCAGAAGGAGUUCAUUUAUACAGCAAAUACCGAGAACCAGAACAGUAUCUUUCUUUAGAUGGCAACAGCUUAACAACGGAGGACUUGGUCAAUUUAGGAAAGGGGCUCUACAAGAUAAAGCUCACACCUGAAGCUGAAGCUAAAGUCAAACAAUCACGCGAAGUGAUUGAAAGGAUUGUAAAGGAACAGACGGUUGUUUAUGGAAUCACCACAGGGUUUGGGAAGUUUGCCAGGACUGUCAUCCCAAACAGUAAGCUGAGGGAGCUUCAAGUGAACUUGGUUCGUUCACAUUCUGCAGGUGUGGGGAAACCUUUGAGCCCAGAGAGAUCUCGCAUGCUGUUGGCACUGAGGAUCAAUGUCCUAGCAAAAGGAUACAGUGGAAUAUCCCUAGAAACGCUCCAGCAAGUUAUUGAGGCAUUUAAUGCGUCCUGCCUCCCUUAUAUCCCUGAGAAAGGGACAGUUGGAGCCAGCGGAGACUUGGCCCCCCUCUCACAUCUUGCUCUGGGAUUAAUUGGAGAGGGAAAGAUGUGGUCCCCAAAGAGUGGCUGGGCUGAUGCUAAAUAUGUCCUGGAAGCCCAUGGUCUGAGACCAAUUACCUUGAAACCAAAAGAGGGUUUGGCUCUCAUCAAUGGGACACAAAUGAUCACCUCACUGGGAUGCGAAGCGGUUGAAAGAGCUGGUGCUAUUGCUAGACAAGCUGACAUAAUCGCUGCCCUUACACUUGAAGUCUUGAAGGGUACAACAAGGGCCUUUGACACCGAUAUCCACGCAGUGCGCCCACAUCGAGGGCAGGCCGAAGUGGCAUUUCGAUUCAGGUCCCUUCUGGAUUCUGACCAUCAUCCAUCAGAAAUAGCAGAGAGCCAUAGAUUCUGUGACCGAGUUCAGGACGCAUACACGAUGCGCUGCUGCCCACAGGUCCACGGAGUUGUAAAUGAUACAAUUGCUUUUGUGAAGGACAUCAUGAUGACUGAAAUCAAUAGUGCAACGGACAACCCUAUGGUGUUUGCUGAAAGAGCAGAGACCAUUUCUGGAGGAAAUUUUCAUGGUGAAUAUCCUGCAAAGGCUCUAGACUAUUUGGCAAUUGGUGUGCACGAACUCGCUGCAAUUAGUGAAAGAAGAAUUGAGAGGCUCUGCAACCCCUCGCUCAGCGAACUGCCUGCAUUUUUAGUCACUGAAGGGGGUCUGAACUCUGGCUUCAUGAUUGCACACUGCACUGCAGCUGCCCUGGUUUCUGAGAACAAAGCCUUGUGCCACCCCUCGUCUGUAGAUUCUCUCUCAACUAGUGCUGCUACAGAGGAUCACGUGUCCAUGGGAGGAUGGGCUGCAAGAAAAGCUUUGAGAGUUAUUGAACACGUGGAACAAGUUCUGGCUAUUGAGCUGCUCGCGGCUUGCCAGGGCAUUGAAUUCCUACGCCCUCUGAGAACGACAACCCCAUUGGAGAAGGUCUAUGACCUUGUGCGCUCUGUUGUGAGGCCUUGGAUGAAGGAUCGCUUCAUGGCCCCGGACAUCGAAGCAGCUCACAGGCUGCUCGUGGAGCAGAAGGUGUGGGAAGUGGCUAACCCUUACAUUGAGAAGUACAGGAGGGAACACAUCCCUGAAUCGAGACCCAUUUCACCGACAGCUUUCUCCCUGGGAUUGCUGGAAAUGAGUUCAGGUGUUGGUCAUGACCACAGGCAUCAGGAUGAACUUUAAGAGUUGUGGCCCUCUGGUAGAGAGCAGAUCCUUUCCAGGACCUUGCCUGAGGGGUGGCUGUUCUACUCGAACUCAACGUGGUUUCUCCAGGUGACCCAAAGGACCUGACUGUCUAGCUCAGGAGCACAUACAGAUAGUAGAGAAAUGGCUCAUUUGUUUCCUCACGUGUGAAAGACAGAUUUGUCACCAUAGUGUGGUUUUGACUGAAUUUCCUGAGCUUCCAAACACAAAAUAUUGACUCCUGCUGAAACCAGUGGAUGUUUUAUACAGGGCCUCCUGUAUUUGUUUUGUCAGCUCUUUGCUUGUUUUCUCUUCAUCUGUGCCAAUGAUACCAAACAGCCUAGGUUUGAUAUUCUCACAUUUUCUUUUCCUUUUUUUUUCCCCCCCUUUUUUUUCGUUCAGGUAACUGCUGUAGUGCCCUUCAUUCCACCACAAGCAAAAUUAUCUUUACACUUGAUUGUCCCCUCUUUUGCAGAUUAUAUGUGAGGUACAGGUUCUUGUACAACCAGUGCAUUUUUAGAGCAGGUGCUUCAGAAAUCAGACAACCUGUGUGCAUAAAAAUGUGCUAUGGAGAUUAUUGCUCCAGAACAAAUAUAUUGUAUUCUAGUGAUGGACUACACUUAAUGCAGCUUUCCAAGAGCUAUGGGCUCACACCUGCAAUAAAUAGACUGAGGCUUCACAGA